AGGAGGGGGAGAAGGGGGAGGAGGACUGCAUAGUGAAAGCCUACAGCCACUUUCCCGCCCCUCCUCUCUCCUCUGACACACUCACGGGCUCCUCAGGGAGGAUUCACCACUGCACAAGCUGAGAGCUCGAGCAGCCGCAGGAGAGGCAAAGAGAGAGAGGGAGCCCUGGGGAGGGAGCGGGACAAGGCGACUAGAGCAGCAGCAGCAACAGCUGCGGCACUACGAACAGAGGGUGGGAGUUCCCUCAGCUUCGGAACGGUUUUGUUUUUGAACCUGAAGUGGACCAUGCUUUCGGCACAUCCCAACUGACAUCGGGCCUGUGUUCCACAAUCAGUCUGCAUCUUCUCACCUGCCAAGGGUCAACAGAAGAUGGAAGACUCCAACAGGGAUAGGACAUCCUUAGUAAAAGGUGCUAAGGACAUUGCCAAGGAGGUGAAGAAACAAACCGUGAAAAAGGUGAAUCAAGCAGUGGACCGGGCCCAGGAUGGCUACACACAGAGGUCCUACAGCCGCUUCCAAGAUGAAGAAGAUGAUGAUGAUUACCCAGCAGGAGAAAUUUAUGAUGGGGAAGCCAAUGAUGAUGAAGGGUCAAGUGAAGCAACAGAAGGUCAUGAUGAAGAUGAUGAAAUUUAUGAAGGCGAAUAUCAGGGCAUUCCCAAUCUAAACCAAGGGAAAGACAGCAUCGUGUCUAUAGGGCAGCCCAAAGGUGACGAGUAUAAGGACCGUAGUGAAUUGGAGUCAGAAAGGAAGGCUGAUGAGGAAGAAUUAGCCCAGCAGUAUGAGCUGAUCAUUCAAGAAUGUGGCCAUGGACGUUUUCAAUGGGCCCUUUUCUUUGUCCUGGGGAUGGCACUCAUGGCAGAUGGCGUGGAAGUAUUUGUGGUGGGCUUUGUACUGCCAAGUGCUGAGACAGACAUGUGCAUACCAAAUUCUGGAUCUGGAUGGCUAGGCAGCAUAGUAUACCUCGGGAUGAUGGUGGGGUCAUUCUUCUGGGGCGGAUUGGCAGACAAAGUGGGAAGGAGACAAUCUCUUCUGAUUUGCAUGUCUGUCAAUGGAUUCUUUGCCUUCCUUUCAUCAUUUGUCCAGGGUUAUGGCUUCUUUCUCUUCUGUCGCUUACUUUCUGGAUUUGGAAUCGGAGGUGCUGUGCCAACCGUCUUUUCCUAUUUUGCUGAAGUACUUGCCCGAGAGAAACGGGGGGAACACCUGAGCUGGCUCUGCAUGUUCUGGAUGAUUGGGGGCAUCUAUGCCUCAGCCAUGGCUUGGGCCAUUAUCCCUCACUAUGGAUGGAGCUUCAGCAUGGGUUCUGCCUAUCAGUUUCACAGCUGGCGGGUGUUUGUGAUCGUCUGCGCUCUCCCUUGUGUCUCCUCUGUGGUGGCCCUCACUUUCAUGCCAGAAAGUCCCAGGUUCUUGUUGGAGGUUGGGAAACAUGAUGAAGCUUGGAUGAUUUUGAAGCAAAUUCAUGACACUAAUAUGAGGGCACGUGGACAGCCUGAGAAAGUCUUCACUGUGAACAGAAUCAAAACUCCAAAGCAGAUUGAUGAAUUGAUUGAAAUUGAGAGUGACACAGGGACCUGGUACAAGAGGUGUUUUGUUCGAAUCCGCACUGAAUUGUAUGGAAUCUGGUUGACUUUUAUGAGAUGCUUUAACUAUCCAGUUAAGGAGAACACCCUGAAGCUGACAGCAGUUUGGUUCACCUUGUCGUUUGGGUACUAUGGAUUGUCUGUCUGGUUCCCUGAUGUUAUUAAGCAUCUGCAGUCUGAUGAAUAUGCAGCCCAAGUGAGAAAUAUUGGCAGAGAAAAAGUGGCCAAUUUUACUCUCAACUUCACCUUGGAAAAUCAGAUCCACACCAAUAUAGAAUACGACAAUGGCAGGUUCAUGGGAAUGAAGUUCAAAUCUGUAACUUUUAAAGACUCCAUUUUUAAGAGCUGUACCUUUGAGGACGUGGCCUCCCUGAACACCUACUUCAGGAACUGUACAUUUAUUGACACAGUUUUUGACAACACAGAUUUUGAGCCAUAUAAAUUCAUUGACAGCGAAUUUAAAAACUGCACAUUCAUGCACAAUAAAACUGGAUGUCAGAUCAGCUUUGAUGAUGACUAUAGCGCCUACUGGAUUUACUUUGUUAAUUUCCUGGGUACACUGGCAGUGUUGCCAGGGAACAUUGUAUCUGCACUGCUGAUGGACAGGAUUGGACGCUUAACCAUGCUAGGUGGCUCUAUGGUACUUUCUGGGAUUAGCUGCUUUUUCCUUUGGUUUGGUACCAGUGAAUCCAUGAUGAUAGGAAUGCUGUGUCUCUAUAAUGGCCUGACCAUUUCUGCCUGGAACUCCCUGGAUGUGGUCACUGUGGAACUCUACCCAACAGACAGAAGGUCAACAGGUUUUGGCUUCUUGAAUGCUUUAUGCAAAGCAGCAGCUGUGCUUGGAAACUUAAUAUUCGGCUCCCUUGUUGGUAUCACCAAAUCCAUCCCUAUUCUACUAGCUUCUACUGUGCUUGUGUGUGGGGGACUGGUAGGACUCCGGCUGCCUGACACAAGAACCCAGGUUUUGAUGUAACUGGUGGGGAGGAAAAAGCCAUUUGUCAUUUUGUUUCUCUUUCUCUUUUCCAAGUGUCAAUUUUCUUGAUUGGUGCAAAGGCUUUAGAUAUUUCAUGCCAAGAAAGAUGGGUCAGAUAUUAUCAUAAUUCAACCUUUUGUGGUGACUAAUGCUUAGCUGUGUGAGUCCUUUCCCCAAAAACACAAUUUUUGCACAUGUUGCUUUGCUGUGCAUCAUUUCUUUCCAAAUUGUAAAGAAAGCUACCUCCUUCUAAAGCAGGAAAGAGGGAGACAAUGCAUGCUGAAGGUCCUCUCUUUUCAUCAACAGAGGCCUUUCUAAAAAUGGCACUAGGAUAGUCAGAAUAGCUUCAGAUUUUGCUGAGUCCAAUCUAGAAAAUUUAAAAGGGAGUAGUGAUGGUGUAAAUAAGUGCUAUUGUUAAUGUAACGAUAAGCAGGAUAUAUAGAUUGGAUUAUUACUACAUUCAUGCUGAGAAAAGAGAUUCUAUUUUUUUCCAACAGUAUGAUAUUUCCUGUUUACUUAGAAAAGAGCAACUUAUAAUUUGGGCUAUGACAACAAUGUCUUUCAAAGGAAACCAUGAAGUAUAGAGCAGAUGGGGUGGGGUACUUUCAGUUAAUGAGAGUAAAUGAGAAAAAUCAACAUGGGGCAGCAACUGACAGCAAAAUGUGUGGCAAGCAAUCUCUGCAAGAAAAGUCCAUAGAAGGACUCGUAUUCUGACUUCUGAGAGACGUGGGGAAAUGCUGGAAAGAUAGUAUAUGUGGGAAUGGUUUUUCUGAAUAUUUGAAAAUUAAAGGAAGACCCUCUGCCUGUAUGCAGCUGUCAUAGACAGAAAGGUUAAGGAAGGAAAUCUUAAAGUUGUCUGCUCCCUUUUCUGCCCAGUUUGUUCUACUGCUCUAUUCUUCCUCAGUAGAACAGUGAUGUCAGGUACAAUCAAUUAACUCAAUGUAUUUGAACCUUGCAAAUUAAUUUUGAUUCAAGAAAGAGAAAUUUAGUUGAAAAAAUAGUUUCUCCAUCUCAUUCGUUCUGAUGUCAAAGAGCAGAUGCAAUGGCUGUUGACUAAGUACUCAUAUGUGACUACUUCUGCUACUGCCCUGCAACAGAUCACUCAACUGGAAAAUAUUGUCUUGAAAUUUUCCCCCAAACAAUUUUUAGAUGAUUCCCCUUGGCAUUAUAGACAGUGUCUUGUUGGGGUUGCAAUGUUUGCCUUCAGCUUGUGUGUUAAUCAUAGCCAUACAUACCUUUACAGAAGGUGGCCAUGGGGUUAUACCACAGCAUCAGUUGGCUGCUCAAUUGUAAUUUUUCAUUGAAAAUUUGCUUGAGAAUAGGAAAGGAAGGGACAGCAAAGAAUUCCCAAGGGCCAGCUGUCAACCAGAUGACCCCCUCACCUUUCCCACAUGCCUCAGCCUUAGUCUUUUGCUAUGUGUAAAGACACAUCUUUCUUUGAAAUCUGAAGACUCUGCAUAUACUUGGAGUAAUAGCCCACAGAUAGCAGUAAAUCAUCUUUUGUGCCACACACACUGUCAGUUUAAACAAUAUAUGUUUUUGAGUUUGGUACAGCUCUUUAGAAGAUUAUAAAUGUUAGUUAUAAUGUGGAAAAACAUGUUCAAAAGCAUCGGGGCUCAGGAGCCUCCAGAAAGUGAGGACUAGCUCAAGAAGGCUCUAGCUUGAGACCAUCAUUUCCAAUAAUCAGUGAAAUAUAGUUUGUCCUUACAGGGGCAACUCUACCUCUCCCUGUCCCAUGACCACUGUGAUCUGGACCAUGCUCAGUUCAGAAUGUGCAUGAAAGCUUCUUUUAUUAACACAAACCCAGGACAUGGACUGUCCUUCCUUGUUGUUCAGUUCUAUAGCACUAGAAUGUCCUGCCUGUGGAAGGGCAGGAAGGGAAUGUGUCCAUAGGGAGAAAAUGUUCAGGGCCAGGCUUGUCAAGAAAACUAUAACAAGGGGAGAGAAUGGAGAAAAGCAGGAAGACUCUAGGAAUCAAGGAAACAGGAAAAAGGGGCCAAAAAAUGGAAAACUAAAGCAAAUAAACAAGAGAAUCUUCUAACUGUCACCAGGAGGAAAACAUUGGCCAAACUAAUAGUCUUACUCUUAUGUUCCUUUGAAAUUCACUCACUCACUUCUUCCUUCCUCCCUUUCACUGGUUUUUCCUUCUCUUUAAUGGAAACAUUUUCUCGAAAACCUUAGUAAACGUUUUAGGUUAAUGAGAAAUAUGUGAACAGCAAAAGUCAGUCAGUCAAUGAACAUCUACCACAUGCCAGGCACUAUGCUGAGUGCUAGGCAUAGAAAGAGAUACCCCCUCCCCGCAAAAUAGCUCUUGCUCUCAAGGUGCUCACAAGAGUAAUGUUCCUGAAUCCUAUGUAUUCCGUAUCAAUAAAUCCUACUUACUGAUUAGACAAAAGAAAAGUGCAUGAGCCUAUACAUCUUAUCACCUUUUGUGUGUCCUAGACACCUCUGAUGGUCUGGGGAAGCCCUUCUCGGAAUAAUAUUUUUGAUUGCAUAAAACAAAAUACAUAGGAUUAAAAAGGAAAACAAUUCUAUUGCAAUAGUUAUCAAAAUAGAAAAACAAGUUCCUCAGAACCCAGGUAAAGAAUCCCUUAUCUUGACCCCCAAAAAAACAUCAUUUUUCUUAAAACUUUACUGGACCCUCCUUUUCUAUGGUACCACGGCUCUUAUUUAUGCUGUGUCAGCAUGUAUGAUGCUUCUAAAGCUACAGUGGAGGGAUGUGGUUACAUUUUUUCAGAAUAAAUCAAGUCAGCAAAGCUGUAGAGAAAACUGAAAAUCUAAACACCACCCCCUUCACUGAAUCCAUCUCUUUCUUCUGCCAACUAGCAGGGUUCCAGGGAAUUCUACCUCAAGAAAUCCACUAAGGACCCUUUCUUGCCCCUUGCUCUAAAAUCUAAGCUUUUCCUAAAGGGAAGCAAUCUAAUGCCCCCUUUUACAAAUAACCAAUGCUCUUGUUACCAGUCCCUUACUAUUUCACCUAGGCUCCUCAUGACUGCUUUCCUCCUCCAGAGAUUCUCCCAAGAAGAGAUCAGGUUGUUUCCAAGGUAUGCUGCAAAACCUGUUUAGCUUGUUCUGGGCUUGAUAUUUAGCUGCAGAUUAAGAUAUAACCAUGAGAUAAGCAUGAACCAGUGAAUCUGUCCAGUCACUGGGUCACUCACUGACACAGGAAAGUGUAGGUGCAUGUCUUUUCAUCCAAAAUGAAGAAAAAUAAGAAGGAACUCAGAUAUGAAAGCCCAGAAGAAAAAGUCCCACAACUCCCACAUUUCCUUUUCCUUUCCUAUAUAUACCAAUGCUUCUGAAGCUUCCCCAGAAUCCAACCAGAAUUCUCCAUGUCCCGUCAGGGAAACAGAGCGCCUUCCCCAAAUACAAGUUCUGUUUGCCAAGAUGGGCUUCUCAUUAUUAUGUUUCAGUGACCAGAUUCAUAUUUAGCUUUAUUGCCUUACAUGCCAAGCACAGCAAGCAGGACUGAUCUCUAUUUAUCCUGCUGUCCCAAGAGCCAUCAUAGACAACUCCAUGAAGGGGAUCCUCUACCUAUUAAAAUGCAGCUGAAUUUGACUCCUUCAAUUCUGCACUAAUCAAGAGAUUGUAUUCUGGAGGAUUACCUACUGGUAGUAUUUCCACAAGCAUUUGGUACACCCAAUUUAUGAUUGGAAAUGUUAAGGAAUAGAAUAGAAUGAACAGAAAGAAGAUGAAUAGUUCAUUGGGAUACAACUGUGGAAAGUGUCAAAGGACAGAGCUGCAAUUUUGUUUACCCUGACAUCCUCUUUAAAAUAAAAAAUUCAACACUUCCCCUUAGAAGCAGAGUACUCACCUUUCCAGACUGAUAAUUUGUCAAAAGACUCACCAGUUUUAAAAAAUUCACAAUGGCCAUAUCUAUUGACUCUCCUGACCAUAUGUUUGUCCCACAACAUGUGCAUUUGAAAAGGCUCCUGGGUAGGUCUUUGCUGCCAGGAACACAAGGUUCUAGAGGAUUUUCUCUUAGUUGACAGUUGCACCACCACAAGUACACUAUAUCAAACUACAGUUCUGGUUCUUAUCAAAAAGAAUUUUGUUCUUCAUUCAUAGAAAGGAUAAAAGGGGAAAGGGGAAGCAGGAAGGGUGGUAUAGGGUCAGAAAUGCCAGUGCAAAAGAUAGCAGUGAAAAGAUGAAGUGUAUAAGGAAGGGACUUUUCUGAACUAUGGGAUUCAUUUAGGUAGUGUGCCAAGGGAAUACCAUCUGCUCCUUUCUACUAACCAAAAUAGAAUUGGAUAACUGCUAACCAAAAUAGAACUGGGUAUUUUCAACAUUUAUUCUUUUCGAUGAUAAAAAGGACUUAAUUAUGUCUUUCUUCAAUAAAAACACCUUACCUGUUCAUGAAUUAAAAUCUUUAGAUUUCAAGACAAAAAUGUUUGAUUUUAGUACUCACUUGGCAUCAUAAAAAGAAAGCCAGCUAGUCCUAAAAGGCCAGUUUGGCUGUAGGUCCAAAUUUCCUUUUUAUUUUUUUUUAAAUCCCUAUUCUACGCCAAACUCAUCUCAGUAACGGGGAGUGAGGGGGAUGGGGGGUUGGAACACCACUCAUGUUAAAACAACAAAAAGAAGUUUUACCAAUCUGCACCGUAAAGUACUCUGAAAUUAAACUUAAACUCACAUAGUUUUUUCUUCUUUCCGGCAAUGUAUGUUUUCUGUCAUGUUUCUGUCAUGUUAUUAAACAAGUUGAAUCUAUAUAGUGUGGGAACAAAAAUGUCAGUUUUUCCUGCAUGUAUUAUCUGUCCAUUUACUGUUUCCCUGUGUGUUUAUAGUCACUUUUGUACUGUUCUUGUCACAGCUGACACAUGGUUUAUGUCUGCUCUCCUCAACAAUCUUUGUCCAACCUCAAGAAAAAGCCAUUGCCAGAGUUUCCUAUAACUAACUGUUGACAUGAGCAAGAUCUCAUUCAUUUAUUAGUAACUUGCUUUUAUUGAAGAGUCCAGUCUUCAACAUGGCAGCCCACAUUGGGAAUAAAUAGGGUAAAGAAGAGAAGCCAGGUGGCUGGAGAGAUUCUCUAGCACUGGGACACUCACUGCAUUCUUCUCUGAAAGACAAUACAUUCUUUGCAUCCAUCACCUUUAAAGGAGGGAGAGGACACAGGGUUAGACAGUGUCUAUCAUUGAAAAGCAAAGAGCAAAACAUCACAUUGACCACAAAAGCAAUGAUUUUUUUUAAGGAGAGGAAGAAAGGAAUUUUGAGAUUAUAACCAGCAGCUGGACCUGGCCAGCCAGGCAGGAGCCCGGUACCAAUCCAUUCCCAAUAGAUAGAGCUGCCUCUUCACAAAAUAGCAUUGUCACACUGGGCAUCCUUGUAGAAGCUAUUCAGCCAGUAUUUGGGGAAAAAAAAGGAGGAAUUGACAAACCUGCUGUUCUUUUCAAUGUUAUCGUGGAAAGAAAUUUCACCAAGAGAUGUAUUAUUGUAAGGUACAAGAUGCAAAACAAAAGCAGCCAAGUUUUGAAAAAGAAAUUAUUUAAUUUUUUAAAAAUAAGAAAUGCUAUUUGAAAUUGUUCCUGUCUAUUUUCAGGAACCUUUUUCUAAGGCCUCUAUCUAAAAUUUGUUGGAAACUCUUUUCCUAACCCAGCAGCCUUGAAAUCUUCACUCUGGAAAGCAUAGACAACAAAUCCCAUUACUCCUCAUAUUCCCCUUGAAUUGGCCUACUGGGAGUAAUUUUUCCCUUCUGAUUUCAAAGAUUUCCCUACCAAAGGCUUCCCUUAUUCUUUCUUUCCCUUUCUCUCUAUCUCUCCUUCAAAGUUAAGAUAAAGCAAUCUGGGCCUUCCCCCCCAGGGCAUUAUGACUUAUAGAGCAUAUUUUAUAAUAGGCACAUAGAAACAACAGAGCUUAGCACCUAGUGAGUAAGAAUAAUUAGUUGAAAGAGGUAGCUAUUAAAUGUACCCACAUCUGAGCCACAACAGUUACUGAUUCCUCUUCCUGGCUCAAUGGAACUGAUCCUGAUUACUUCUUGUAUUAUUUUCACAUGAUGAGUUACAAAGCUACUUACCUUAAGUGAGCUGCUUGGCCCAGGCACUAAGAUUGGUACUUAUAACUCUACUGUCCUUUCUUCCUACUUACCUACUUUUUCACUCUCCUUUUCCUCACCUUAAAUUGUUCUCAUCCUUGUUUCCUCCUCCACUACUUGUGCCUUAGAAGAGCUCAGAAGCAUAGCUUGAUCACACAGUGAUCCUCAGAGCUAAAGAAGCUGUUAAUCUCUCUUCUGGCAACAUGAGGAUAGAUAACAUGUGGAUGGUGACUGUAAAAUAUAUUAGUUGUGAAUACAUUGCCUAAUGCAGAGCUGAUAUUCAACAGGCCCUCAAUGCCUCUGACAUACAAUGAUGAAAAUGAUAUUGAAGCAUGCCUUUGGCAAGAGUUUCCAGUUGCUGAGGAGUCAUAUACAAUAGCCUGAAGUCUCUCUUGUCUCAAAUUCCUAAAUCAAGACCCACACAUAUAAUAAUAUAUUUAAAAAUAAUCACAUACAUUUUCUGGAUUUGUGAAACAUUGAAAGUUCUAGUGCCUUCCUUCCAACCCAAAUGCUAAAAUUACAAUGGUUGCUUUUUGCCCCACCCCCACCCCUUCUUCCCUUAUAGAAAGUAACCCUCUGUCCAUAUUCCUUCCUCAUCUUCCAAUCAGGUUGAGUUUAACUAAUGCCCACCUUGACAAUAUGGCAAAAUCCUUGACUUUAAUGUAACACUAUUAAGAAAGUUUGGGGAACAGGAAUGAGCUCUCUUGGUGAAGUUGUUGCAGGGGGUCCACCAGGUGAAAAUAUUUUUAUAAUAAUACUAAGACAUUUUAGUUUCUAAUUAGGUAAGUAACAUAUAUAACCCACAUAAGCAAAAGCACUGGGGGCGGGGGCGCCACGGGCAAGGUGUCCUUAAUAAUUUUUAAGAAUGUAAAAGGGUCCUAAAACCAAAAAGGUUGAGAACUGCUGCCUUAGAUGAUGUUUGGCUGCUUAUCAUGCCCAAAAUGUGAUUGUGACUGCCAUAUUGGUCUUGUAGAAACCAAGGCAGUGAAGAGAAAUGGGAGAGGUAUUCUCUGUGCCCCACUCUCAUGGAAAUUUGCAGGGGGCUUUCCACCCUGAGUUUAUGGGAGUUUAUCCUCCAGCCCACAUAGUAGUAAAUCAAGCUCCUUAUUCAUUACAUUUGCUUCACCCUCAAAGGGAGAAAUUCUGACAAAUCAGAAGGGAUGCCAAAUACCCUAUUAUUAGAUGCAAAGUAAAUAAAACCAACAGAGUUCCCUUUCCAUUUACAUGACAUCCUUCUCCAGCCCCACACAUACACAGGUAGAAAGCCCUAGGCUGAAAUCCCCACCCCCACCUGCCUUUGAAGUUUACCAGUCAUGCCUAGGUGCUGGUUGACAUAUUGUUCUAAUUUCCUCUCCACCACAAUUGUUAUAAAUUUAUGGUGCCUAAUCUGUAUACUAAAUCAAAAAGAUUAAAGGGUAAAGAAGUGUUCUUUCUUGAUUUAUGCCCUCCCCACAUUCAAAAAAUCAUCGUGCAUCCUUAGUUCUGACCUGGAGACAUACUGUCCAGGUCUCAUGUCUCCUGCUCUUUGCUCAUGUGUACAUAAUGUAUAUACAGCACUAAGCUAUUUUUUAAGUUAGAGUUCCAUUUUGGAUCCACUUUCAGAUCAAUUCUUUUGCAAAGAGAUCUUGGCAAUGGUCUUGCCCUUGUUUUUGAUUUCUAUAUUUCCUGCUCUGUGUGCUCUCCUGUCAUGUGGGUCCCAGUCACCACUAUUGUAUAUAUGUGUUUGCAUGUGCGUACCCCCAAUAAAUCCUCACUUGCAGGUUUCUGGAUUUUUUCAUCCUAAGUCCAGCUGGUCCAGUUGUGAACUCAUCCCUCUGGAAUGCACCUCUGUAUCAGAUUGCUGACCGCCAAAAUGUUUGACCACGUGUGUUUUUACCAAAAGCCUUGGAGAAAGUUGUCUGUAUCUUGGUGGAAGGGCAUGCUCUGUGUAGAAUGACUGUAUGUACAGUAUAAAUCUAUCAACUGUGGAAGUGUAUGUAAAUUUAUCUGCCAGAUACCUGACAUUCAUGUAACAAAUGCAAAGAUAUUUAAUGUACAUCAGAUUAAUAAAUGGGCAUUUUUUUUGCUCCAUUAUAUUCAAAUAAAGAAUUUUUCUUC